AGGUUAAGCAGUAGUCUGUGCGUGAUUUCUGACCACUAACAGCAUCAAAAUGAAUAUGUAAGAUUUUUCUACUACAUGGAAAGCCUCUGUUAGCCUCAUGCAGACAGCAGGACAGUAAUUCCAGCUUAUGAAGCAGUUUGGCCACAAUGUCCUCUCUUUUUUUGGCCACAGUCAUUGUCAGAGUGUCCUUGGUGAUGCAACCAGUCUGCACGCUUGUCCUGCUGAAAAGCCUCUCAGUGGAUUUACUCAGACCAAUCAUGAGGCCGGGAUGAGGUUUCAUUCACCAAAAAAAAGAGAAAAGUCCUCAGGCCUUUUGUAGGAUGACUCCUCAGUGAAGAAUCAUUGUGAGUUCACUGCUGAAGAGGAGAGACCUACCGGCAAAAUGGCCCGAGAUGGAAUGUCAAGAGAGGAGUAUGAAGAGUAUCAGAAACAGCUGGUGGAGGAGAAGAUGGAAAGAGAUGCUGAGUUUGCAACAAAAAAAGCAGAAAGAGCUUGCCUGAGGUCAUGUCUGAGAGACAAGUACAGAAUUCCUAAGAGUGAGCAGGAUGAGAUCAUGAUCCAGCAGGCUGGGGAUGACAUUGAUGUGCCUGAGGAAAUGGUGAAGAUGGUGGACGGAGAAGCUCCAGAGGAAGAAGAAAAGCAGACCAUACUGGAGCAAAUGCAGAACAUUCAAAACAUGGACAUGGAUCAGAUCAAAGAGAAAGCUCAGGCCACGCUGGUGGAGAUGAAAUCCAAAGCUGAGGAAAAGUGCACUGUAAUGUAAAGAACCACGUUUAGACUACAUGUUCUGAAAAUGCCAUAAUAAGACUAUAAUAAUUUGAUACACAUGUAUAUGUCACUACAGUUGUCAGCAGUCUAUUGUUUAUCUGUACACAUAGUCUGUACAUCACCUCAGUGCUCAGGACAGAGAUUAAAAACUUUUGCACUAAAACUUGCCAGUAUGACUGGUAUUAGUACUGUGAGCUCAGAAUACUACUGAACAGAAAACCUGUGUAUAUAUGUGGGUGUGUACAUUAUGUACAGUAUGAGUAAAAUAUGAGGUAAUGUUCAGGUUUUAAGUUCUGUUUUUAAAAUAAACCUUUUUGGUAAAGGA